AUGGAUUCAUCAUCAAUUCCAGAUUGUGUCGAUAAAUGGGUGAACAAUAUCCAUGAACAAAAUGUUCAUCACGAGAAAGAAAGUAUUGCCAAUAGUGGACCUCACUUGGGAAUGCAGUUUGAAUCUGAGGCGGUGGCAUAUGAAUUUUAUAAUGAUUACAGUAAAAGAAUUGGAUUUGGUAUUCGUCGAGAAUAUGGAAAUAAAAGCAGAAUAGAUGGAGUUUUGACUUCGAGAAGAUUCACAUGCUUCAAAGAGGGUGCGCGAGUUGUUGACAAAAGACGUCAACCGACGGCGGAGUCUAGAGCAGAAACCAGAACAGGAUGCACAGCGCGUAUGGUUAUUUCACUUGAUCGAAAGAUAGGGAAGUAUUGA